AUGUUGACUAAAUUAGUGACAAACAGAUCAGUGAUACAAAGGGUGGGCCGAGUGUUGCGGCCAAUGGGUGUGAGUGGAAGCGCUGAGAGAUGUAGUUUGCAUUCUUCGGCGGUGAAGUCGUUUCUGGUGCCGAUAGUCGUGGAGCAGACGGGAAGAGGUGAGCGAUCGUAUGAUAUCUACUCUCGACUCCUGAAGGAGCGGAUCAUUUGCCUGAUGGGAGGCAUCAACGACGAGAUGUCAUCCCUAGUGGUCGCUCAGCUGCUGUUCCUUCAGUCAGAAUCGGCCAAAAAGCCGAUCCAUCUGUACAUCAAUAGCCCGGGAGGUGUCGUGACGUCAGGUCUGGCCAUCUAUGACACGAUGCAGUAUAUACUGCCGCCGAUCGCCACGUGGUGUGUCGGUCAGGCCUGCUCUAUGGCCAGCCUAUUGCUGGCCGCCGGAGAGCCCGGUAUGAGACACUCGUUGCCCAACUCCCGCAUUAUGAUCCAUCAGCCGUCGGGUCAGGCCUCAGGACAGGCCACUGAUAUCCGCAUUCACGCCGAAGAGAUUCUGUUACUCAAGAAUCGGAUCAAUGGCUUAUACGCCAAACACACGAAACAACCGCUCGCGAAGAUCGAGGACAGUAUGGAAAGGGAUCGCUUCAUGAGUCCGUCUGAGGCCAAAGAGUGGGGUUUCAUUGAUGUCGUACUCGAAAAGCCACCGCUUAUUAAUGAACCCAAAGAUAAUGAUAACUAA